CUGUCAGCAAGUACAUGAGAAUUGCAGAGUGGUGAUGAUGAGAGAGGAAGAAAUUAGAAAAUGAGCAAUAUUACAGCCUCUUGCGUUUUGGGUGGGAUAGGAGGCUAAUCUUUGUAUUUUUCCUUUUGAAUUGGGAAUUGAUUAGAGCUUUCUGUUUAAGUGAAGUAUUUAUAGGGCCUAAGGUUAUAGCAUUUUUCUAAGGAAGGACAGAGCCGUAGGACUGAGUCAGUCCACUUUUGAUACAUGAAGUUUAAUCUGGUGUUCCUGGAUAUCUUCAUGUUUCCUGUAGCAGGAGGUAUGGGCCCACCUCAAGGUAUGAUUCCUAUACAACAGCAAGGGUUUCCAAUGGUAUCUGUCAUGCAAUCUACUAUGCCAGGCAUGAUGGGAAUGAAUUACGGCUCUCAGAUGUCUCCUGGACCUUUGACUAUGCAGGGUGGCAUGCCCCUUGGGGCUAUGCAAGCAACUGGAAUGCCUUUUAUGGGACAGGCGUCUUUCUUAGGAAUGCGCCCAGCAGCUCCACAAUACACCCCCGACAUGCAGAAACAAUUUGCAGAAGAGCAACAAAAAAGGUUUGAACACCAGCAAAAAUUCUUAGAAGAAGAAAGAAAACGACGCCAAUUUGAAGAGCAGAAACAAAAGCUGAGACUCUUAAGCAGUGUGAAACCAAAGACAGGUGAGAAGAGCAGAGAUGAUGCUUUGGAAGCUAUUAAAGGAAACUUAGAUGGGUUUUCCAGGGAUGCUAAAAUGCACCCUACUCCAGCAUCGCAUCCAAAAAAACCAGGCCAUCCCUUGGAAGAGUCGCUCCUAACUUAUGAUUUAAGUGCAUCUGGACAGAAGCAAACCAAACUUAAAACAUCUGAAAUUGAGCAUAAAGCCUCAGCCAUAAGCCAAGUUCAUCCCAGUGUAACUGUGAAUAAUUGGAAUGCUGUAGGUGGACUUGUAAGUGGUACCACCGCUGCAAAAGCAUUCAAGGCUUCAGAACAAAACAUAGCAGUUGAAGAGUGUGGUGUUGGAGUAUUUCCUUCCCAAGAUCCAAUCCAGCAAAUGAUGCCACCUUGGAUUUACAAUGAAAGUUUGGUUCCAGAUUUGUAUAAGAAAAUUUUAGAAACCACUAUGACUUCUACUGGAAUAGAUACUGCCAAACUCUAUCCCAUUCUGAUGUCAUCUGGACUUCCCAGGGAGACCCUUGGACAAAUAUGGGCUUUAGCCAAUCGUACCACGCCUGGAAAACUUACAAAAGAAGAGCUUUAUAGUGUCCUGGCUAUGAUAGCAGUAACUCAGAGAGGAGCACCUGCAGUGAGUCCCGAUGUUUUAAACCAAUUUCCAACUGCUCCUGUCCCUACUUUAAGUGGAUAUCCAAUUUCAUUACCUGCCACAGUGAGUCAACAGCCUGUGAUGCCCUCUGGACCACCUGUCUCCAGGCCUCUUAAUAUUGGACAGGCAGUCAUAGGAAUAAACAUAACUGCACCAGUGGGUGGAGCUGCAGCACAGGUUUCUAGUGGUUUUAUGCCAUCUUACCCCACAAAUCAGGUAGUAAAACCAGAAGAAGAUGACUUCCAGGAUUUUCAGGAUGCUUCAAAGUCUGGCUCACUCGACGAAUCUUUUGCUGAUUUCCAAGCAGAGGGAUCUGGAUCCUCUAAAGCCACCAAUUCUCAGCAGCGGAGCAGUGUCCCUUCUCUGCUGAUUCCACUCCCUGGCACUAAAACUCCUUCCUCAACAGAUAAAUAUUCAGUGUUUAAAGGGAUUGCAGUUGAUAAGCCUUCUGAAAGUGCAGCUGUGUUUGGAGAUUAUGGAGACAAAUACAGUGCUUUCCGAGAGCUAGAACAACCAUCGGAGAGUAAAUACUUAGGAGAUAGCUUUGCAGAAUUCAAAUCGGCAGGACCCGAUGAUGGUUUCACAGAUUUUAAAACCGCUGACAGCAUCUCACCACUAGAUCCACCUACAAAAGAGAAAACUUUCCCUCCCUCCCAUUUCCCCUCUCUACCUACACAGUUAAAGCAACAAACACAAGCAAAAACCUCUCUCAAUCUGGCAGACCUAGAUCUCUUUUCCUCCACUGGGGAGAACAAACAACUUUCAUUUCCAGCUGCAUUUAGUUCAUCAAAACUAACUUUGUUCCCUGCACCACCAGCUCCAAUGUCUGCUACUGCAUCUCCACUAGCCCCCAGUAAAAACUCGAGCAUAGCUGAUGACUUUGGAGAAUUCAACCUUUUUGGGGGAUUGUCUAAUUGUGUAUCAGCCGGGGGACAAGAUGACUUUGCAGAUUUUAUGGCUUUCAAUAAUAGCAGUGGCUUUUCUGAACAAAAAAUGGAUGACAAAUACAAUGCUCUUAAGCAAGAGGCCAGUCCUCUUCCUCCAGCAGGCUCCUCUCUCAAUGCAAUGAAAAGUGGGCACAGUUCUGCUGCUGCUGCUCCCACCAAAUAUGAUAUCUUUAAACAGCUUUCUCUGGAGGGCUCUGGAACAGGUGUGGAGGAACUGAAAGACAGCACCCCUUCAGUGAAAAGUGAUGAUGACUUUUCUGACUUCCACUCUAACAAGUUUUCUGCCAUGUGUAGUAAUGCAGAUAAAUCCCUGGUAGACAAGAUGGCAGCUUUCAAGCAUGCCAAAGAAGACUCUGCCUCUGUCAAGUCUCUGGAUCUCCCUUCCAUCGGGGGCAGCAGUGUCGGCAAAGAGGAUUCUGAAGAUGCGCUCUCUGUUCAGUUUGACAUGAAACUGGCCGAUGUGGGAGGAGAUCUUAAGCAUGUCAUGUCUGAUAGCUCUUUGGAUUUGCCAACAGUUAGUGGCCAGCAUCCGCCGGCAGCAGAUAUAGAUGACUUAAAAUGUGCUCCCUUUGGAAACUAUAACAGUGGUUCUGCAGUAAGUAGCCUUGCAAGCUAUGACUGGUCUGACACAGAAGACAUUCAUCAGAGCAGGAAGCUCUCUUCCUUUGCCCUUUCUUCAGGAAGUGGCACCUCUUCAGCUACUUCAGUCCUUCAGAAGAAGGAGACUUUGUUUGGCAGUUCAGAAAACAUUACCAUGACAACAGUUUCCAAAGUGACAACCUUUUCCACUGAGGAGGUUCUACAGGAUGCUAAAUUUGCAGCCUUCGCAAACUUCAAAGAUCCUGGUUCCAGGUCCGGCUGUCAAAGUGAUGAUGAGAUUGAAGACUUUGGAGAGUUCUCAAGACCUUUGUCGGAAGUGCAGGACUCAGUGACAGUUGACACUAGCCCAGAUGUUGACCUAGCUACCAACGGUAUCUCAUCGGAAACACCAAAAGAAUGCGUGGAUGACUUUGGAGAAUUCCAAAGCGAAAAGCCUAAAAUCAGCAAAUUUGAUUUCUUGAUGGCAACUUCUCAAGGCAAGAUGAAAUCUAGUGAAGAAAUGAUCAAGAGUGAGCUUGCUACCUUUGACCUCUCUGUUCAAGGGUCUCACAAAAGGAGCUUGAGUCUGGGUGACAGAGAAAUUAGCCGUUCGUCUCCUUCACCAGCUUUGGAGCAACCCUUUAGAGAUCGCUCAAAUACUUUGAGUGAGAAGCCUGCUUUACCUGUCAUCAGAGACAAAUAUAAAGAUCUAACUGGGGAGGUAGAGGAAAGCGAGAGGUAUGCUUAUGAGUGGCAGAGAUGUUUGGAAAGUGCCCUACAAGUCAUUAAGAAGGCAAAUGGUACCCUAAAUGGAAUCAGUAGUUCAUCUGUUUGCACUGAAGUAAUCCAGUCAGCACAAGGCAUGGAAUAUUUAUUAGGGGUCGUUGAGGUCUACAGAGUAACAAAACGAGUUGAGCUGGGUAUCAAGGCCACCGCGGUGUGUAGUGAGAAACUCCAGCAGCUGCUAAAGGACAUCGAUAAAGUGUGGAACAACUUGAUAAGCUUCAUGUCACUUGCUGCUUUAACACCAGAUGAAAAUUCGUUGGAUUUCUCUUCUUGUAUGCUGCGUCCUGGGAUUAAAAACGCCCAAGAUCUCGCCUGUGGGGUGUGCCUCUUGAAUGUAGAUUCUAGGAGUAAAAAAGAAGAGAAACCGGUGGAGGAGCAUCCUAGGAAAGCUUUUAAUUCGGAAACGGAUAAUUUCAAACUGGCGUACGGCGGGCACCAGUACCAUGCAAGCUGUGCGAACUUCUGGAUCAAUUGUGUGGAGCCGAAACCUCCGGGCCUCAUUUUGCCAGACCUGCUGUGAAAGGACUUAUGCUGAAGGAGGGCUCGCAUCACAAGACAUGGCUACUUGACGGGGAUGAUGCAGGGGAAUAAAUACUGAAGGCUUUUUUGAGCAGUGGUUCAAGUAUUUCUGCAUUUCUUCUGUACUGUAAUGGGUCAAAAGCCACUUUCUCAUACAGGAUCCCCAGAAAGAAUUUCACUGGAAGGUUCAAGCCAUCCUUGAGAAAUCAUCAAAGAAUUUUGCACUGUGGCACAAAACAUGGCAUUUCAAUCUAUCUCAAGCUGAAAUUAGUUAGCACUUUUUGAGAUGUAGCAAAUCACUGUGCUAAUUAAGGUAAAUUGGUGCAUGAGGUGGAAUAGUUCUUAACAUUUCAAGAAAUUGAUGAAAUACUAGGCUGUGUGGGUUUAAAUUGAAGCCACCCCUUAACAAAAUGUAUAUUUGCUAACUGUUCUUUCCUCUGACCUUAAUAUAUGAACCCAGAGGGGUGUUUCUUAUUGCUGCUACAGUAUUACAAUGUACAAGAAGUGACAGUAAUGUUCAAAGAGAAGUAAGUUAUUGACCUAGAAGGGAUUGGAUUGUUAAGCUGCAAUGAGCCACUGUUUAUUUAUAGAAUUACUGUUCUGUAUUACAGAAUACAUUUAUUCCUACACUUAGUGGGUUAGUAUUUGGAGGAAAAACUGGGAUAAAAAUCAUUGUGUAUCUAAAUCUUUCGUACCGUAUCUUUAGGCUUCAGUAAAGGCAGCUGGAUUUUAAAACUUGUAGUCUUUUCUACUUUGCUGUAAUACUAGGCAUGCCUUCUUUACCCCUUCAUUGGACUUGUCCUACAACUGCAGACCUAUGGACUUUCACAAUGAGGUAUUCAUUUAGCCCUUUGCCCCUUAUUAUGUAAUCAUAUAGCUCAAUUGCUGCACAUCAUGUUGAAAAUCAUACCCUGCUAAUAUCAAAUGCCCACACUCAUAUAUUUCACUACAUAUGUGAUGCAUGAGUGUGCUUUGCUUGAUAGAACUUCCAUGCAUAUCUUAUGCAAGUUAAUGUUGUCCAUCAAGGCUCUUUACCAGACUCAGAACUGAUGGCACUGAUUGCCUGUGAGUUCAUUCUUCAGAUAGAUAUUUGCUAUUUCCCAGCAGACUGCACACAGGCAAAAUACAUGGGUGCUUUUCAGCUGGUGCUGCUCUCCGGAGACAAAUGUCUCAGGCUGUCUCAGUAUGUUACUUACAAAGCUCGGUGCAUAGGGUUCUUUUCUUAGAUACACCAUUGAGAUGACAGUCCAGAAAACAAAAAUAAAGUAAGUUUGCUGUGAAGACAGCUUUCCCGUUCAGAAAGUACAUAACAAUGCUAGAGCUUUUGAACGACUAAUUACGGAUCUCUUAAUCCAAUGGGAGUGUCAGGAAUUUAUUUCAAAAGGGCCUUUCCACUAGCUGGCCUUUACUUGGUUCUGACUCAGUGAGCAAAGCCAGCGCUGCUGUUUGUUUCCUGGUACAACUGAUGAUUUCUUCAUUCUCUGAUUUAUUGUAGUUUCUCAAACAGAUCUUGAGAGAAGCGUCCUUCUUUCUAAGAUGUCAACAGCUGUUCAAAGCAAGCCCAGUCUCUGUUUUCUAAGUAAAUAGCGACUAUUGACCUGUGGUUUUGUGUUCCUGUGAACAGAAUUGCAUGGGGGAUAAAAAUGAUGGUUUGUCUAAAAGGUUAAUUCUGUUCAGAUUAACAUACACCUAAUGAAAGAGAGCUUGGCUAACAAGAAUGAGUGAAUGAACUUUAUUUGCAUAAAUUAAAAUGGAUCUUCCCACUGUCUGAAACCUACUUAUUUUUAUCAUAGCAACGGAACUGAUGGCCUCCUUGGGCCCCAGGCAAGAUGUACGGGGCAGGGCUGAGGGCAGCCAGCCCGUUGCAUUUCCAGGAGCACCACUGACCCCCAGUCCUUAGCAUGACACUCUGGCAGCAAUUUAAAGGGCCCGGGACUUCAUCUGCUGCCACUGGCCUUUGAAUCAUGGGCCCCAGGACAACUGCCCCCUUUGCUUCCCCUCGUCGGCAGGCCUGUAUUAUACAGGGGUGGGCAAAUACCGGCCCACAGGCCGGAUCUGGUCCACCAGAGCUAGCUCUUGGUGGGCCCUCACAGCGCCAUAUUUACCGCCUGUGCCUCUGCAGGUACAGGAGAUGGCAGCUCCCGUUGCCCAUGGAUCACUAUUCCCAGCCAAUGGGAGCUGCGGUCACCCGUACCUGCAGAGGUGCAGGGUAAAUAUAGUGACAGCCACCCUCCAGGGCCUAACCCUGAUGAACUGCCACCAUUUUGUUGCCCACCCCUGGUAUAAUGGCAGCACUCUGCACCACAUAGUCUCAGAUCCAAGCUGAUCAAGGAGCAGUUUUCCAAUAAUAUAGCAGUACCCACCUUCCCCCAUGCAAAGUUUAUCAAAGCAAGCUGAUUUCUGAUUGACUGGCCACUACUUUACUUCCUAGUCAUGGUGCCUACGUGCACUAGACCUCAGAACAGCUCCUUGGGACAAGAUCAUUGUCUUCCCCAUCAAAUCCUUCUUGCUUCGUCUUGACGAUCCAUUCCUUGCCAUGCCAUACGCUGCUCUCCACCUCUCAUCAUGCCUUGUGCUUACUACGGCAAGUAAUAUUGGACUCACGGUAGUAAGUCAGCAGGAUGCAACCUUGUGAUCUUGAUGUAGCGAAGGACUCAAGCAAACACCUAAUGGUGAACACGUGAUUUGUACGCCUGAAAGCAAUGGCACCAUUCGCACGCUUACAUACUCUGCUGCACCAAGGCAAUAGCUUGUAUAAAAGCUGUACUGGGAUAAGGGAAGCUUUUUGUUAACCUGGGCUUCCUCCAUAGUUGCUCUUAUUCUUUCAAGCUUCCUACAAGUUUUAAAGAGCAUGGCUCAAGUUAAAGUAGCUGCAGCGCAGAAACUCUAUAGCGCCUGUGUUCCAAAGCCAUGACUGGUCAUUGCACUGCGCCAGAAAUCCAUUUUAAUUCCAUUAUUUGUUUUAAUGUAUCCUUUUGUUAAGCAAAUAUGUUGUGUCUGCUAGAAGUAUCCAGCAUGUCUAUGGCACAUAAAUAGGGGGAAAGGGCAUUUGAGUGUAAUUACAGUAAAGCUUAUUGGAGUAUGGCACUGCUAGUCCCCCACUCUGUACCAAAUGGGAAAGCAGCAGGCAAUGUUAAUGCAAUCCUGUCAAGCAAAAGGCGUUUUUCUAAACACCUUCAAAGUGUUCUCAUGACGUGAAUGUUUUACAUUUAGAUACCACUGAUAAGGGCAUUGCACAAGAAGGAUCAUUCCACUUCUAUACCCUAGUCAUUAAAAUGACUCAGUGUUGCAUUCAGCUUCUGAGCUAUUAUACUGUUAGCCAAGGGCCCAGUGUCCUUGGAAACUGUAUCCAAGGUUACAAUAUUUUCUACACUGGAUUGUAUCAGACCAUUUCCCUUGCUUUAAUUGAGGAGAGGUUAAAUGCACCCUGAGACUUUUUGUUUUGACCUAUGGUGUGUUAGAAAUGUAACAUUUUCUUUUUUGAGGUCAUCUGUUUCAUUAUCAAAAUUUGUGAAAGUGGAUAUUUUUCAUGUACAUCUCUGGAGUUGCCUUGGGCUUGCCUAAGGAAAAUUAUUUUUAUUUGUGAUUUGUGCAUAUCUUGAUUUUUUAACUGGUUAUUUUCUUGGUUGAUUUAAAUGUCUUCUAUAUUGUGCUCCAUAGGUUCCUAACGGUUUGUCUAAUUUUCUCAGUUGAAAGAUACUAUUGUAAUCUUUCCUUCCAGUACUGAUAGGCAUUAGGGUCAAAUCAGAUUGUACCAAGAUUUCUGCUGAUAAAAUUGUUGUUGUGUGAAUUUUUAAAUACCCCAGCAACCGCUCUGUCCUUUUGUUAUAAAGUUGUUUUUUUUAUUUGUUAUAUACAUGGACCGUUACAUUCUCCAUUUAACCAUUCCAGUGAAUUCAGUCCUGGCAGCAGAUUGUUUUUGUUUAUUUUGAGCUAAAUUGCUUAGCACUUUCUUGGAAAACCAUGUAGUAAAUGUGAAGUUAUGAUGAAGUACAGUCUAAGAAAAGGAUGCUUGUGAAAACCCAAGAAAUAUUCUUUUUCCUAAUUAGUGACAUGUUAAAUGAAUGAAACCUGGAACAAAAUAGAUAUCUUUUCAAUAAAAGCCGCUAUUGUACAACUACUUUUUCUUAAAGAUCUUUUGCUCUCUGGACCUUUUAUUUAAUUCUGAUUCUCAAUGUUAAAAGAGAAAUGUAAUAGUUUUAAAGGAGUAUUUCUAUAUUGGGGAAAUAUCCCCUUACACUGAGUUUCUUUCUGCAUUUGGGUGAAUAGUCAUUUCUCUUGUAUGGGUAGAUUUGUGAUUAGUAUAGCAGUGAAUGCUCUUGUUCUAAUUUGUGCUGUGCUGGAGUCAUUGUUUGUAUUUUUAAGAAUAGUUUGUUACUUUACACUUUAAUAUGAUUUACUUCCCCUUCUUGCAACGGUUUAUAAAUGCUUUGUUGAAUCUCCAUGAAUCGUUGAUCUCAAUAAAGAGCUCUUUAUUUA